UCUUUCCCUCCCUCCCUUCCCUCGCGCUCUCGCCUCGCUCUCUCGCCCCCGCCCCCGCUCCGCUCUGCUCUUCUCUGCUCUACCCACACACACACGCCCUUCUGCUGAGCUCCUCCUCCCUGCUCGGCUCUUAUCCCAACCAAUGUCCACUGCAAGCUAGCUAGCUCUACCUAUCUAUCCAGCUCUACUUCAUUGGGAAACUCUCGUGCCUUACCGCCGCUGUCCUGACGACGAACCACUUUGCUUGAACAGAUAAUACAGAGGGCAGCGAGGUCACUUCCUUGCUUGCCAUUGGUGGGUCGUUUGUGCUGAGCUUGCUCGCCAUUUGGCGCGUGCAUGGCGCCCAAGAGCAAGCGAGGGAAGGCCAAGGGUGAGAAGAAGAAGAAAGAUGAGAAAGUUCUCCCUGUGGCCAUUGACAUCACUGUUAACCUCCCUGACCAGUCUCAUGUCAUUCUCAAGGGGAUUUCAACUGACAGGAUCAUUGAUGUGAGGCGGCUGCUAUGCGUAAACACCGCGACGUGCGCCAUCACAAACUACUCCCUCUCGCAUGAGCUCCGUGAUGGUCGCUUGAAGGAUGGUGCCGAUAUUGCAACAUUGAAGCCAUUUACACUCACCUUGGUAGAAGAGGAGUACGACGAGGAGAGCGCGGUGGCGCACGUACGGCGGCUGCUUGACAUCGUCGCCUGCACCGCCUCCUUCGGUCCGCCGCCCCCGCCGCCGCCGCCGCCGUCGCCGAAGGAUGCGGCCGCCGACCCCGCCAAGGAGCCCUCGGGCUCCAAGGCUGGCUCCGCCGCGGCCACGGGCGGGCGCCGCACGGGCUCCCCACCGCCGUCGCCUGCUCCGGUGGCGAAGGACGCGGCCACCAAGGACGACGCCGCCGCCGCUGCGGCGGCUGCGGCUGCCAAGGAGUCCUCGGCCUCCGCGGAGCUGGAGGCCGAGAUGAGCGGCGCGUGCCCCCGCCUCGGCGCCUUCUAUGAGUUCUUCUCCCUCGCCAACCUCACUCCGCCCCUCCACUUUAUAAGGCGAGUGGCGCAGCCUCGGCAGGAGGAACAGCCUUCGGAUGAUCAUCUCUUCUUUCUUGAGGCAAAGCUUUGCAACGGGAAAUUUGUUGUUGUUGAAGCCCGGAGAAAGGGAUUCUUCAGUUUGGGGAAGCAGCGCGUCUUGUGCCAUAAUCUAGUCGAUCUGUUGAGGCAUCUUAGUAGAGCAUUUGACAAUGCAUAUGAAGAUCUUAUGAAGGCAUUUUUGGAACGUAACAAGUUUGGAAAUUUCCCUUAUGGGUUUCGUGCAAACACAUGGCUCGUUCCCCCAAUUGCUGCUCAAUCUCCAUCAACAUUUCCUCCCCUCCCUUCUGAGGAUGAAACCUGGGGUGGCAAUGGAGGUGGUUGGGGAAGGGAUGGCAAGAGUGACAUGUUGCCAUGGGCAGAUGAAUUCUUGUAUCUCACAUCCAUGCCUUGCAAAACUGCUGAGGAAAGGGAAAUCCGUGACAGGAGAGCAUUCCUACUUCACAGCUUAUUUGUAGAUGUUGCCAUCUUUAGAGCUAUUGCAGCUGUAAGGCAUGUAAUGGAGAUUAAGGAUGUAUCAGCAUCAGCCAAUAUAGAUGAAGUUUUGCAUUCUGAGACAGUGGGAAAUUUUAGCAUCACUGUCACAAGAGAUUCUUCAGAUGCAAGCUGCAAGUUGGAUACCAAGAUAGAUGGUAGCCGAGCCACAGGAAUGGACUUCAAGCAUCUUGCGGAGAGAAACCUUUUGAAAGGAAUAACUGCUGAUGAAAAUACAGCUGCCCAUGAUGUGGAGAGUUUGGGCAUUGUCAAUCUUAGAUACUGUGGGUAUGUUGCAGUGGCAAAGGUUAACAAUAUUGAGAAAGCCAAAGUGAACACUUCUAUUAAGCCAAUUGAUAUUACAGAUCAACCAGAAGGGGGUGCACAUGCAUUGAACAUUAACAGUUUGAGGAUGCUGCUCAAUGAUGCCAAUUCAACUGGAGAGAAAAAGACGUUGAACCUUCCACAAAAUAAUAAGCAGGAAGAACUAAUUGCAGCACAUUCUUUUGUGGAGAACCUGUUAAAGGAGAGUCUUCAGAAGCUCGAAGAAGAGGAAAGUGAAAAACAGUCCUUUAUGAGGUGGGAACUUGGUGCCUGCUGGGUUCAGCAUUUACAGGAUCAGAAAAAUUCUGAUAAGGACAAAAAGCAAGGUGGUGAGAAGGAAAAGAAAAAGGUGGUAGAUAAAUCUGCGAAGGAGACAAAGAUUGAAGGUCUUGGGAAACCUCUGAAAGCUCUUAAGCACUCAAAAAAUAAUGUUGAUGUCGCUGACAAGGGAUCCUCAUUGGGAGAAAAAAGCAUGUGUGAUGGAACAAGUUCUGCAGAAAGCCAAAAAUUCAAGCCAUCAGCUGUUCAAUUGCCUCAGGGAGAAUCUAAUGCCUCAGAGAAUGAAAGCUUGCUGAAGGAUUUAUUAUCUGAUUCUGCCUUUACAAGGUUGAAAGAUUCAGAAACAGGACUCCACCAGAAGUCACCGCCUGAGUUGAUUGAGAUGGCUUUGAAGUACUAUGAUGAAGUUGCUCUUCCUAAGCUGGUUGCAGAUUUUGGUUCCCUGGAACUUUCACCUGUUGAUGGUAGGACCUUGACAGAUUUCAUGCAUACCAGAGGCCUACAGAUGCGUUCCCUUGGACAAGUUGUCAAGCUUUCGGAGAAGCUUUCACAUGUACAGUCCCUCUGUGUACAUGAGAUGAUAGUGAGGGCAUUCAAGCAUAUCGUUCGCUCUGCAAUUGCUGCUACUUCAGACAUGCGACAAUUAGCACUUGCAAUAGCUGCAGCGCUGAAUUUACUGCUUGGUGUUCCUGAGCCUGAGGUCUUUACAAGUUCCGAUGGUGUGCGCCCACUAGUAUGGAAAUGGCUAGUGGCCUUCUUGAAAAAGAGAUAUGAAUUUGAGCUCACUGAGCAACAUUACCAUGAUGUUAGGAAAUAUGCUCUCCUGAGAGGACUAUGCCAUAAGGUUGGCAUUGAACUGGCACCCCGAGAUUUUGUUAUGGAUUCUGCUUUCCCAUUUCAAAAACAAGACAUUAUUAGCUUGGUACCAGUACACAAGCAAGUUGCAUGCUCAUCUGCUGAUGGAAGGCAACUGCUGGAAUCCUCUAAAACUGCCCUUGACAAGGGAAAACUUGAAGAUGCUGUCAAUUAUGGGACCAAGGCUCUUGCUAAACUCAUAACAGUUUGUGGUCCCUAUCAUCGAAUGACAGCUGGAGCUUAUAGUCUGCUAGCUGUUGUAUUGUAUCACACUGGUGAUUUUAAUCAGGCUACGAUCUAUCAGCAAAAGGCCCUAGACAUCAAUGAGAGGGAACUUGGGCUAGAUCACCCUGAUACAAUGAAGAGUUAUGGAGAUCUUGCUGUGUUCUACUACCGUUUACAACAUACAGAACUGGCUCUAAAGUAUGUCAAGCGUGCACUAUAUCUACUGCAUCUUACAUGCGGGCCAUCUCAUCCAAACACAGCUGCGACAUAUAUCAACGUAGCUAUGAUGGAGGAAGGCUUGGGUAAUGUGCAUGUAGCACUUAGAUACUUGCACAAAGCCUUAAAAUGCAACCAGAGAUUACUUGGGCCUGACCAUAUCCAGACUGCUGCGAGCUACCAUGCCAUAGCCAUUGCUCUCUCAUUGAUGGAAGCUUAUUCCUUGAGUGUUCAGCAUGAGCAAACAACCUUGCAAAUUCUUCGUGCAAAGCUUGGGCCAGAUGACUUGCGGACUCAGGACGCUGCCGCUUGGCUUGAAUACUUUGAAUCAAAAGUUAUCGAGCAACAGGAAGCUGCACGCAAUGGAACUCGGAAACCUGAUGCAUCAAUUGCUAGUAAAGGGCAUCUAAGUGUAUCUGAUCUUCUUGAUUAUAUAAAUCCCAAUGAAGAAAGCAAAGGAAGAGAUUCUGAAUCAAGUAAAAGGAGGUACUCAAGCAUAAAGGUCCUGUCAAAUUCGAAUGGAGGUUCCAAUGUAGCAAGUCCUGAGGUAUCUCCAAGAGACUCUACUUCUGCAAAUGCAGACGAGGACAAGCAAAUCAUAGAGCCAUCACAAGAUGAUACUGUUAACUUUGUUGCUGAAGCUGAAAUUAAGCAAAACCUUAAAUCCGUAGAGUACUCAGCAUCAUCUGAGCAACCAGUAGAGAGAGCUGAGGUGAUUAAUGUACCAAGGGAGGUUGUUCAGGAGGAACUAGUAGAACCUGAAGAUGGUUGGCAGCCUGUUCAAAGACCUAAAUCGGCUGCAGGUUCAGGGAAACAAAUGAAGCAUUUCAAUCCCACCACCAGAAAGAUGUAUGACCCUGAUAAUCAUGAUCCACAAUAUACAUCUCAAUACAAGGCACGAAAUUCCUAUCCAAAUAGCCGUUACUACUUCUUAAAGAAGCGGACUGUUGUACCUGCAACGUACACAGACCCUCAUCAGCACAUGAAAGUCCAGACAUCCAGUGCAAGGUUUGGUCGUAAGAUAUACAAGGCUGUGACAUAUCGGAUUAAGCCAGGGAGUACAUCCACAGAGGCGCAAGAUGCUUCUGCUGAACAGAUGAGUGGUAAAGCAGAGUCCCAGAUGGCUUACUCACAAGUACACAGUACUACUUCUGUAGAUCAUAAAGAAAGUGAGCCACAUGGAACUUUGGUGACAAGUAGUGGAAACGCGCCAUCAUACAAAGAUGUUGCAUUAGCACGUCCAGGUACCAUUGCAAAAGCUCAAAUACAAAAAUCAAGAGAUGAUGUAGUCCAGAAUCAACCGUCACUUGGUCAAAUUAUUGCACAAGAAAUGAAGGAUUCCUUGGUAGAUACACAUCAAGUGGAACAAGGAUCUGUAUCUGCAAAUAUCAAUAAUCCCAAAGAAGUAGGCAACAUUCCAGAAGAAAUUCAGCAUUCAGAAGACAUUAAAGUGUCUGAUAGAGAACUGGACACUGGGGAUAUUGACACAGAUGGUUCACCAAAUGAUGAGAAAUCCUUAAAUGGCAGCAAUCUUGCAAAUGAUCACACAAGUCAAGAACCAGUAAGUUGUAGCAAUGAAAAUGCAGCCGUCGAGUUUGCAGAGUCUUCUAAUUCUGCAAAAGAUGAACAGAGUCGGAAAUCGGAUAUGGAGAUUUUCGAAGAAGCUCUGCCCACCAGCAUUGGACCUAUUGCAGUUUCUGCUUCUACAGCUAAUACUGAGGGCCUUGCAGGUGCUGGAAAUGAGAAAUCAAAGCCCAAUUUGCUGCUAAAUAGUAUUGAUUUGAGAGAGAUGCCUAAUAAGAAGUUGUCUGCUGCUGCACCGCCAUUUAAUCCCUCUCCGCCAGCUAUCCUUAGUCCUCUUGCGGUAAGUGUGGGUCUCCCGCCACCAGGUGCUAUCCCAGGAGUCGCACCUUGGCCUGUGAAUGUACCUAUGCACCCUGGACAUUCAACUAUGGUACCAAGUGGUCCUCCAUUGUGCACCUCCCCUCACCAUUUAUACCCUCCAGCUCCUCGGUCACCUAAUCUCUUGCAUCCAGUGCCAUUUAUUUAUCCACCAUAUAGUCAGCCGCAGGUCAUUCCAAGCUCCACAUUUCCCAUGAACACUAAUAUUUUUCGCCCUAAUCAUUAUGGAUGGCAACCCUAUAUGAAUGCACCUUCAUCAGAGUUUGUGCCAGGAUCAGCAUGGCCAAGCAACCAUCCAGUUGAUUUUACGCCAACUCCACAUGUUGUUAACCCUAUAUCCCAGUCUUUAGCAGACACCCACAUUCAGUCGGACGCAGCUGUUGUUAGUAUAGGACCUUCACUGGACAGCAAUACUAUGGCAGUGAAGGAGGAAAUGGAGGCUACAAUGGUUGGAAGUGGCAAUUUGAUCAGCAACAAACGUCCUGCAGAUGAUCAGGACAAACAAUUAAAAGAUCCAGUUAGAAUUGAACUGAAUCCUGAUAUGCCAGGAGACAACGCACAUGGUAUAUGUGCAACAGACCAUUUGCGAAGCACCGUGAAGAAUGAAGAUGAAGGUAGUUUUAGGAUAUAUGUCAAAGGGAAAAGCCGGCGGAAACAAACUCUCAGAAUCCCAAUAAGUUUGCUUAAUAAGACAUAUGGAUCACGCUCUUUCAAGCUUGUGUACAACAGAGUAGUCAGAGAAAAUGACAUCUUCAGGCCAUCGACUGUCUCCUUUGCUGAAGUUGUUUCCUCUGGCAACUAAUAAGUAUUGCAAGUUUAGCCAAAGCAUAAUAUUGACUUUUCCAUUAUUACCCAAAAGAAAAUUUCUAUGGAUCUCCAACUGAAACAUGAUAGAAUUUCAAUUGUCUGAGCUUUUCGAAAGCAGAGCCUUGUGUCUUCAGUGUUUCAGGUUUUGGUGUUUAGCACAUACGACAUUCCUCCAUCCGACAUUCUGAAAGGUCAAAUGCAUAUGUUUUCAGUUCAAUAAGGUGUUGGCAAUUCUGUGUAGAAUUCAGAAGAUUUGCAGAGAGUUUUGGGAGAGUCAGAACAGAUAGAGGGUAUCGAAGUGUUAGCAACAAUACUUGACAAACCGAUUUUUUGUUCAAUUUUGUUAGACUGAAAGGAAUAUUUUCUUAGAUUUUUGGGGCUAAAAUUUUGGGUAUGAAACUUACCACUUAGUUUUUUUUUUGUUGGCUGCUUGCAUCCAACAAUUAUAUCUCGUGGUUUUUGUGAGAAGCUAACGUUAUUCUUUUUAAGAGAACAAUAAUAAUUGCCAUGCUGUGAAGCGCUUGUGCUUUAUGUGA